AUGUCAACCAAUGAUCACUUUGAUCAAUAUUUUAUAAAAUGAAAAAAUGACAAAAACUAUUCUUCUUACCCUCGUCACUCCCACCCACCCAUUUCCUGCUCUUCUCCUCUUUAUUCAUGCCCCGCCACUCGCCACAACGGCGGAUCUUGAAGGGAAAAGAUAGAUCCAUGCGCGAAGGAGAAAUCAGAUCUAGGAAAGGAAGAAGGUAAUCCUACGUCGGCCUCAAAAUUCAUCGGCGGCUGCUACGAUUCCGGGGAGGAUUGGACGUUCAACGAGUCUAAUUCCACGAGUCAGCAACAGAAAGUAGGGAAUGCAGUGGGAAGGAGCCAAGCGAGGAAGAAGAAGAGGAGGAGGACAAAGGGGACACGAAACACGAACCAGACGCGAAUUUCGAAUCGGAUCUAGUUCACUCCUGCCCGUCCGUUGAGGAGCGGAUUUGCUCCUACGAUGUCAAAUCGGAGGAAGCGGAGGAAAUUUCGCCUAGCGAGAUGAAACCGAGAUCGAUUCAGACCUCGCUCAUCGGUGAGUUCAACGAAUUGGGCGAGUCGGUGGGGGAGUCGAAGCGGGAGGAGAAAGAGAAGGAGAAACGUAAUAGUGACGUGCAGAGCUCGCAGAGCCUGACGCUAAGGAAGAAUAAAUGGCGGCAUAGUUCCUCGAGUCGUCGCCGUGAGUCCGUGACCAGCAUCGACGAAGAGCCUGAGGGUGGCGAUGAGGUAUCUCCCACCAGGAAGCGAAAGGGGGUGGGUCGAGUGAGCUAGAAGAAUGACAGAGUGGCGGAAACCUAAAAAAUAAAUUAAUUUUUUUGGAUUUCUGAGGUGGAUGUGGCAUUGGAUGUUGAGUUGGAGCUCUGUUAGAAAAUAAUUAACGGUAACAUAAGUACAUAACUAUAGCUAAUAUCUUGGUGAAACACAAAAUGUUUGGCUAAUUAUUAGUAUAUUUUAAUAUGCGUGACUAGUAAAAAAUAAUUCGAAAAAGGUUUGACUAAUAAAUAGUCAUUACCUUU